GGGAAAUUUCAAACUCGAGGGACGAGGAUGGAGUGUCGUGCAGUGGUCGUGUUUUUGGACAAGCGAGGGCGGCAGAAGCGCAAGCUCUCGAGCACCAAGCAGGCCUUGCUGGACUUUGGAAUGGAUGAGGCAAAGAUCCCAAGCAUCAUCAUUCGCUAUGAACAUAUGGAACAGGUGCUUACGAUGCAAGGGCAUGUGUCGCUGUUCGGCCCCGAAAUCUCUGCUGGGAAAGCUACCAUAUCACUAAAGGAACAAGGAGUUCAUGUGAACAUCUCCAAGGCCGAUCCAACACAACUGCGUCUCAGGCUUACGGCCCUAAUGAAGCAGUUGCGGACAUCUGUUGAUCGACGGAAGCUCAACCAGGAUGAAGAGCAGCCAACGAGCCUUCGCCUGGACCCUCGUAUUCGUCGGCCUCUUGGUGCCAUUCAGCUCAACCAACUCGAACCAAGCUCUCCGCCCAGGAAAUCAUGCAAGGUGCAGAGCCAAGCAGGAGGAAAUCUAAAGCGGCCGUCCCGGGCACUGCGAGCCGUGGCCGAAGGCGGUGUUGUUGGCAAUCCCGCCAUUGACGCAUCACUCACCCCAGAGCAGAAAGAUGUGUUGAUGGCAGUUUUGUCGGGACGAAACGUGUUCUUCACAGGCAGCGCUGGCACAGGCAAGUCUUACUUGAUUGGCAAGAUUAUUGAGGCCUUGCCAAAGGCGACAACGGUUGUGACAGCAAGCACGGGCGUGGCUGCAUGCGCAAUCGGAGGCACGACGCUGCACGCCUUUGCUGGCGUUCAGGCGGGCUCGUCGCGGCUGCCGGUGAACACAUCGGCGUGGACGACCGCCAAAGUUCUGUUGAUUGAUGAGGUGUCCAUGAUCGACGCGCCUUACUUUGACCAACUGGAGCAGACAGCACGGCGUGUGCGGCGGUGCAACAAGCCCUUUGGUGGACUGCAGCUCGUGCUUGUGGGCGAUUUCCUGCAGCUUCCUCCUGUCACCAAACGCGGCGAGGAGACACAGUUCUGCUUUCAGGCCAAGUCGUGGGAUGCGUGUGUGCACGAAUGCUUUCAUCUCUCGCAGGUUCAUCGACAACGUGACCGCACGUUUGUGGACAUUCUUCACCGCUGCCGUCUUGGCCAGUGCACACCAUCUGACAUCACGUACAUUCAGCGCUCGGCCACGCACAGGCUGGAUUCCAGCCACAUUCGCGCAACACGGCUGUGCACCCACGUCAAGGAGGCAAAGCAAAUCAAUGAACAGCAGCUGUCCAAACUGUCUGGAUCUUCAAAGCUGUUCACCCGAUCAGACGCCUCACCUGACGUGAGCCGGUCGUCGCUCGCGUCACGAGUAGAGAAGGUGUUGGAACUGAAAGUUGGCGCUCAGGUGAUGCUGUCUGCGAAUGUGAAUGUGUCUGCCGGUCUGGCCAAUGGAUCACGCGGUGUUGUCGUGAAAUUCGACGCUGUUGGCUGGCCCGUCGUGGAGUUUGCUAAUGGACGCGAGGAGACGGUGCGAAUGCACACGUGGCGAAUCCGUACAGCAGCAGGACGCGUGAUGGAGUGCAAACAGGUGCCGCUGCGCCUCGCCUGGGCCGUCUCCAUCCACAAGUCACAAGGAAUGACACUCGAUGCGUUGGAAGUUGACUUGAGCCGUGUGUUUGAGUGGGGGCAGGCGUAUGUUGCACUUUCGCGUGCGCGCACGUACGAAGGUCUGUGCGUGAAGCGAUUCAGUGCAAAGUCCAUACGCGCGCAUCCACGUGUGCUCGCAUUCUACCGCAGCAAGUUCAACCUCUGUUGACGGAGUGCGCUGUGUUGUGUUGUGUUGUGUUGUGUGUGCAUGUGUGGUUGUGUGGUCGCGGGUAUGUGUGUUUGUGUGCGUGUUGUGUUUGAUGCUGUUGUGUGUCUGAUGCUGCGGCUGAAGUCAUCGAGAAGCAAGUGUGGGGAUUUAUCAUCAACGAAUGGGGCCUCCUUGUUGCGUUAUUUACAUUCGAUUUAAUGUUCUUUGUUUUGCAUAUUUGAUGGUGGGGCAUUUCAUGGCGAUGGUGCAAUGGCAGCAGCGCACAAGCAGG